AUAUACCUGGGAUUAUAUAGAUGGUGAAGAUGAAGCAAAAAGCAAUAGCGUUGGAUUCCUGGAACAGUUAAUGAGCAAUGACCAUCUUGAAAACUACGAUAAUGAAGAGAUGAACUUAAUUGAGGCAACUACUGUUUAUCAAUCAACUCCCAAGCGCCAGUCUACUAAACAAGAUUAUGACAUUGAAAAAGAUAUACCAGAGCUUCAAAGUAUAUCAUCAAUUCUCAAGCAUAACUCCGAUGAGUCACCAAAAUCAAUGAAUGCACAAAAUAAGGAAAUCCAAGAUUAUGAAGAGAGUGAUGAAUUAGAGAUUCUUCAGCUUGGACUUGGGGGGCUAGACCCACAUUCUAUUGUUUUGGUUGAAACCAGGGGAUUCCCUCAUGGAGCAAUCAAAAGUCCAGAUACUACAGAUGAAACAAAUUCGACUAGAAUACUCUGUACUGACAUUGACAAUGAUGAUCUUGGUGUAAAUUUGUUGAACUCUUCAAGUAGUUCAACUCAAAGUAACAUAGACUCUCUUGAACAAUCUAUGGUUAAAUCAUGUAUUGUUACUGAAAGUGAAACUACUCCAAAUGAUGUACCUGUAGGUGUAUGUAAAGAAAAUGUGCCUAGUCAAUUUGGUUUACACAAAUAUUUUCCACCUACACUUAUAUGUACGCAUCCAUCACCAUAUGUAGGUAAGGAUGAUGAUAAGAACAAACUGGCUCAAAUAAGCAAUGACAUACUUACUAAGCUAGGUCGUCAAAAUCAUAAUGGUCAUCCAAAAAUUCUCUUUGGAGCUGAUAACAAAGUCAAUGCAAAUAUGUUAGAUCUCAUACAUGAUCCUGUUAAUUGUGAUUUUGAAAUAUUCCUCCCGGAGGUCCCAUGCCUGCAUUUGAGAAAAUCCAUGAUCAAUACAACCUUAAAUGCAUAUCAAAAUGCGGGUCUAAUCCAAAUAUUGAGGUACAUGAAGGAAGAUGACAAAUGUGACUGGCGAAAACUUCUUGGGGGAGAACAAAUAGAUAUGGGGACCAAGGUAACCAAACGCAUUGCAGAUUCUCUUCAUAUUGCUUCCAUGAUUUCAUUCAUGGAGUACUUACCACCAGAUGAAGCACACAACCUCUUCCAGGACCUUACAAAGAAUGAAGGCCCUAAAAUGCCUCUAUUUGGAACACAAGAUAUCAGAAGUUCAUAG